AUGAUCAUUGAAGAGAAUGAAUUCGACAAGCAAAUAGAAGAUCUUCUCAACAAAGAAAAGACAGCUCGAUUGGCCAACAAUCUCGUCGAAACACUGAAGGUUACCAAGUAAAUUGCCAAACUCUGCUUUGAUACUAAAUAAUACUCAAAAUUCAAUGAAUUGAUAGUGGCUCUCAGUAAGAAGAGAGGACAACCAAAAAAAGCACAAAUUGAACUUGUUUAAAUGGCUAUGAUUGAAUUAAAGACACUCCCAAUUAAUUAGAAAUUGGAGAUGAUUGAUGCCAUCAUGAAAGUGUGCGAAAAGAAGAUCUACUUAGAAGUAGAAUAUGCUCGAUGCGUCUUGAUGCUCACUCAAUACAAAGAGGAUGACAAUCAAAUUGCUGAUGCAGCCAAAAUAUUAUAGGAAGUCUAGGUUGAAACCUAUGGAUCUAUGGAUAAAAGAGAAAAAUUGGAAUUCAUCCUCUAUCAAAUGAAAAUCAUGAUCAAGAAAUUAGAUUAUGUUAGACUGUUCAUCAUCUCCAAAAAGAUUGAACCCAAAAAUAUCGAAGAUGAUAAUAUUGCAGAUCUUAAGAUUAUCUAUUACUCAUUCCUAGUUAUCUAUUAUAGACAUGAAAAUAAUUACAAAGAGACUGCUCAUGCCUAUUCAAAAAUACUUGAGUCAUUGCAUAAAAAUAGAUAAUUGGAAGCAACCAAAGUGGAUUUCAAUUUUAGAAUUGAUUACAAUACAAUCUUAGAAAAUUAUGCCAUGUAUACUAUUUUGAGUUAAUACUCUGAGGAGAAGUAAAAACAAUUGCAAUCCAUUGUUUCCACCUAUAAGUAUGCUCUUGAAGCAUUGCCCAAUAUGAAUUAAUUAAUUUAAGCCUUUUUGGGUACAGAAUUGAUUAGCACUUCCCCUUAAAGUCACAAUGUUCAGGCUGUUGAGAUAUUUGAUGAGAACAUUGAAAACAAUUAGCAAAGAUUUGUUGAUUUUAGGAGAUAAUUGAUUCAUCACAAUUUGAGAAUAUUUUAGAUUUAUUAUGAUUCGAUUUAUUUAAAUAGAAUAACAGAAUUAAUAGAAAUUAGCACUUAAGAGUUAGAAGAAGAAAUUUGUUUGAUGAUGGAUUAGAAAUUAUUGAAAUGUAAAAUCGAUAGGAUCUAGGGUAUAGUUGAUUACUAGUUAAAAAAGAACGAAAAUGAUGUUUUAUAAGAGUGGGGAGACAAUGUAAAUAAGGUUCUUAAUCUGAUUGAUCUUACAAGCAAUUUGAUAAAAAGAGAAGAAGAAUUAUUUUUGUGA